GGGGGGUCCCUCUUGUAUUCGGGGGCGUGAAGAGGAAGGCGGCGGGAAAUACUCGGGAGAGCGAGGUUUACCAGUGUGAGGUUUUCUUUUUGUUAUUUGUGUAGAGCUGGAGGGUGUAAUGGGGAAGACCCCUCAGGACAGAGCCGACAAGGGGGUCUCCCUCCCUUCCCCGUCUUGGGGGGCAAGAGGACUUGCGGAAGGCCUCCUUCCAGCGGAAAGACAGUGACUGAUAAGCGAUGGAAAGAGAGGACCAGUAGGCGGAGGGGUACAGGAAGAGGGACAAGCUCCCUGCUGAGUGUGGAGCCCGAUGACCAUGACCCUGGGGCUCCAUCUAAAGACCCCGAGAUCAUGACCUGAGCCGAAAUCAAGAGUUGGACCCUUCACUGACUGAGCCACCCAGGUGCUCCCAGUCUACUCAUUGUUGAAUUACCCAGUCUCCCCAGUCUCCAUUUUUGAAUUGGGGACUUAGCCUGGUUGAUUUCUAAGUUCUCUUCCCACUGGGUCAUGCUGAGCAUCCUGCUGGAGUAUGAGGGUCUUUUGCUAUUGGCUUUACUGUUAAAUUUGGUUCUGGGUCUCUCUUUGGCUCUAGGUCAGUCAUUCCUUGUUUGCCGAGUCCUCCACCAGCUUCUGUACCUGAGUUGUUGCUGGCUGAAAAACUGGAAAAUUAGCUUUUUAGAGGUUUUCUUACUCAAUGAAAAUGCAGGAAGCUUGUGCAUGAAACUCACUCAUCAAACACACACACACACACACACACACACACACACAGAGCAAGAAACCACAGGGCCUAUCGGUUUGUCGUCAUCAAGCAGACGAGAACAGCGCAGAAAACUCUAGGCAGAGAGGAAAUGAACUUAAGAGAAGGGGGAACACACGGCAGGGAGGGGAAAAAGAGGGCGGGAGUGGAGGGAGCGAGCUGAAGGGCUGGGGUGCCGGCAUGGUGGGAGGAUGGAAGAAGUAGCCGUGAAACAGGGCUUCCUGUACCUUCUACAGCAGCAGACUUUUGGAAAGAAAUGGCGCCGGUUUGGGGCUGUGCUGUAUGGAGAGUCGGACUGCGCCCUGGCCCGGCUGGAGCUCCAGGAGGGCCCAGAGAAGCCACGCCGGGGAGAGGCUGCCAGGAGGGUGAUCCGCCUCAGUGACUGCCUACGUGUGGCUGAGGCCGGCGGGGAGGCCAGCAGCCCCCGGGACACCAGCGCCUUCUUCCUGGAGACCAAGGAGCGCCAGUACCAGCUAGCAGCCCCCGCCUCAGAGCGCAGUGACUGGAUCCAGGCCAUCUGCCUCUUGGCCUUCCCUGGCCAGAGGAAGGAGCUGCUGGGGCCCACGGGGAAGGGCAGCCGGCCCCGCAUGGAGGAGAAUGAACUGUACAGCAGCACGACCGCAGUAGCCCCCCGCAAGGAGUUUGUUGUGACCAUGAGACCCACAGAAGCCAGUGAGAGGUGCCGGCUCAGAGGAUCCUACACCCUCCGGGCUGGGGAGACAGCCCUGGAGCUGUGGGGUGGCCAUGAGCUGGGCAGCAAGCUGUAUGAGUGGCCCUACAGGUUUCUGAGGCGCUUUGGGCGGGACAAGGUAACCUUUUCCUUCGAGGCAGGCCGGCGCUGCAUCUCUGGAGAGGGCAACUUUGAGUUCGAAACCCGACAAGGGAACGAGAUCUUCUCAGCCCUGGAGGAAGCCAUUUCUGCCCAGAAGAACAGCGCACAUCCUGGGCUGCAAUCCCAGCCAGCCACAGUCCCUGCGGUGCUGCCCCGGCCAGAAAGCCCCUACUCCCGGCCCCACGACUCCCUGCCACCUCCCUCGCCCUCCACUCCAGUGCCCUCUGCCCGGCCGCGGGGCCCGGAGGGGGAAUAUGCCGUGCCCUUUGAUGCAGUGGCCCGUAACCUGGGGAAGAGCUUGAGGGGCGUCCUGGCGGUCCCUCCCCACGCCCCUGCGGACCCCCUGUAUGACAGCAUUGAGGAGCACCCACCCCCACGACCCGACCACAUAUAUGAUGAGCCUGAGGGAGUGGCUGCCCUGUCCCUGUAUGACAGCCCACAGGAGCCCACAGGAGAGGCCUGGAGGAGGCAGGCCACAGCUGACAGGGACCGCGGCCUCCAGAGAGGGCAGGACCUCUCUGCCGCUGGCUGGCCACAGGGAACUGAGUAUGACAAUGUCAUACUUAAGAAAGGCCCAAAGUGAUGGAGAAGACAUGGACUAUCAAAUACGGGUGCUGGAGCCUGUGGGUGCUGAAGACUACCCGUCCCCACUGGGGGUGGGGUCAGAGGCCAGUGAGAAGGAGGGGGAGGAGGCUGGUGGCAGGCCUCCCUUGAGUUUCUGCUGGUUACUCCUCCUGGUCGCUGCAUUCCAGGAACUUCCUUCUGUUCCUUCCGGAACCCUGGGCUUGGCCUGCCUUGGUCUGGUCUGAGGAAUUGUCCCUCCCAGGGCCUGCUGCAUGAGUCACCAUCCCAGUGCAGGAAGAGUGCCUAAAAGGGACGCACCCUCCGCCUACCCCUUUCCACUUCCUCUUCUUUCUUUCCCUGGCCUAAAGGAACCUUGGGCAUUUAGGGCAGAGGACAAAAGGAUGUCAGCAAAUUGCCCUGGUUCCUUGGCUUGUGCAAGCCUCCUGCCUGCUGGGGAUAGCCCUGGCUCCACUCUGGAGGACGGCUUGUAGCUUUCUGUAGGUUUUGGACUUCUCUGUGGCAUUAAACAUUUCUGGAAUA